AUGGAUUCGGCGGAUGAUAACGUCAGACUGGAACCGUUAGGGCCCAAUAAAGAAGAAAAAAAACAUGCACAAAUCGAAAAUGGAGGUGGAGAAGAUUUUGAUCCCCAUCUACACAGGCACAGCGAACACCCCACCACAAAUGCAGAAACCCUCGUUCAUUUGCUCAAAGGUGCCAUCGGCACAGGCAUUCUGGCCAUGCCUGAAGCCUUCAAAUAUUCCGGGAUGAUCAACGGCAUCAUCUCAACUAUCCUUAUUGGUUUACUCUGUACUUACUGCCUUCACGUUUUAGUUAGGUCGCAGUAUGUAAUGUGUAGAAGGUUGCGAGUUGGACUUCUGACGUAUCCAGAAUCGAUGAAAGCAGCUUGCGAAAUGGGACCGACGUGCCUUAGAAGAUUUGGACCAUGGGCACCAGCCAUAACAAACUUCUUCUUAAUAUUCUACCAGAUAGGAAUAUGUUGCGUUUACAUAGUGUUCGUGGGUGUCAACAUUAAAGCUGUAGCAGAUGAAUAUAUAAAGCCGGAGAUAUCUCUUACAUUGUAUACUCUGAUGUUCUUCAUUCCAUUUUUGCUUAUCAUGAUGGUGAGAAAUCUAAAGCUUCUAGCACCCUUUUCGAUAGCAGCUAAUUUAAUCACCCUGCUUACCUUCUGCGUAGUUGGAUAUUAUGUGUUUCAAAAUCUACCUCCUUUUUCAAGUAUACCCGCAUUUGGCCCUCUAGUAAGCUAUCCCCUGUAUUUCGGAACCUGUCUAUUUUCACUUCAAGCUUGUGGCGUGGUGAUCGCUUUAGAAAACAACAUGGCCGAACCGAAAAGUUUUCUGAAACCAUUCGGCGUUUUGAAUGUUGGAAUGGUUUUAGUCACGUUCAUCUAUGUAGGCCUUGCAAUGAUGGGAUAUUGGCGAUACGCCGAUGAAAUCAAGCCGAGUAUUACUUUAAAUUUUCCGUCAACUGAUAUUUUAGCACAAGCAAUCAGAAUAUUGUAUUCGACUGCCAUAUACAUCUCUUACGGACUACAGGGUUAUCCAGCCGUGCAGAUUAUCCUUACUAACUAUAUUUUGCCCAAUAUGAGUACCUCUGCAUCCGAUAAGAAGAAGUUGACAUACGAGUACCUGCUUAGAUUUGUCUGUGUCGCUGUUACAUUUGCUCUGGGCAUAACUGUUCCUCUGCUAGGACUCUUCAUCUCCUUAGUAGGCGCUUUCUGUCUAUCAGCUCUAGGAAUCGCCUUCCCAGCAAUCAUCGAAAUCGCAGCUUACUGGCCUGACCGCCUAGGCCCAGGCAAAUGGAUACUAUGGAAAGACGGGCUCCUCAUCAUAAUCGGCGUAGUAGGUCUAGUCGCAGGUAGCUACAGUUGCAUCUACGAGAUAGUUAAGUCUUUAGCCGAAGGCAAAACGUGA